GCCUUUAACAUCAGCAGCAACACGCGGACAGACUGACCAGCUCCCCUCAACCACUAGAAGCACAGCUGCUGCGUGGAUGCGUGGAAGACACCCCCACCGCUCUGGGUGGAAGGGAAUGAAGUUUUCCAAGAGACGAGCCUGGAUCCAGCUUUAUUCAGCGGGGACAGGGAGGAUGCUCCCACAAGUCAUUCGGAUUCUUUAUGUCUUGUCUUUUUGCGUCUUCCAAGGAGGCUUCAUCAGAUUGAGCUCCUGUAAGGAGGAGAUAAAGCCCCCCAGCAGGGCUGGACCACAGCUUUCACCUUCCGAUUUCCUGGACAAGCUCAUGGGGAAAACAUCAGGAUACGAUGCACGCAUCAGACCCAAUUUCAAAGGCCCUGCUGUGAAUGUCACCUGCAAUAUUUUCAUCAACAGCUUUGGGUCGAUAACAGAAACUACCAUGGACUACAGGCUCAAUGUUUUUCUAAGGCAAAUGUGGAACGACCCUAGGCUGGCUUACAGUGAAUACCCUGAUGACUCCCUGGAUCUGGAUCCAUCCAUGCUAGACUCGAUCUGGAAACCUGAUCUUUUCUUUGCAAAUGAAAAAGGAGCCAAUUUCCACGAGGUCACAACAGAUAACAAGCUGCUGCGGAUUUUCCAAGAUGGCAGCGUUCUUUACAGCAUUAGGUUGACUCUAACCCUGUCCUGCCCUAUGGACUUGAAGAAUUUCCCAAUGGACAUCCAGACCUGCACCAUGCAGCUUGAAAGCUUUGGUUACACAAUGAAUGACCUGAUCUUUGAGUGGCUGUCUGACAACCCCGUUCAAGUGGCUGAUGAUCUCACACUCCCACAGUUUGUGCUGAAAGAAGAAAAGGACUUGGGUUACUGCACUAAGCACUACAACACAGGUAAAUUCACCUGCAUCGAGGUGAAGUUUCAUCUAGAAAGGCAGAUGGGUUACUACUUGAUCCAGAUGUACAUCCCUUCACUCCUCAUCGUUAUCUUGUCCUGGGUGUCCUUUUGGAUAAACAUGGAUGCUGCACCGGCCAGAGUUGGUCUGGGUAUCACCACUGUGUUGACAAUGACCACACAAAGCUCCGGGUCUAGAGCUUCACUGCCAAAGGUAUCAUAUGUGAAGGCUAUUGACAUAUGGAUGGCAGUGUGUCUACUGUUUGUGUUUGCUGCCUUGCUAGAGUAUGCAGCAGUCAACUUUGUCUCGAGGCAACACAAGGAAUUCAUCAGGCUGAGGAAAAAGCAGCGGCAGCAGAGAAUAGCGAUUGGCAGUCUGGCUGCAAGCGUUGAGUCUUUGCGGAAAGCCAAUGACACUCCUGGUAACAACUCAGCCUGCAGGAAUCUGAGUCAGCAUUGCAGCGCCUGUGCAAGGGAGGAGGAACUAAUGAGGGAGAGCCGAGGAUUUUACUUCCGUGGUUAUGGACUUGGUCACUGCCUACAAGCCAAAGACGGGACUGGUGUGGAAGGGCCCACGGUUUUCUCCCCUCUUCGCCCAGUCACUUUAUAUGACGGUGAAGUACUUCACAAGCGUUUCGUUGACCGAGCUAAACGGAUCGACACAAUAUCUAGAGCUGUCUUUCCCUUGAGCUUUCUCAUAUUUAACAUCUUCUACUGGAUUACCUAUAAAGUGCUGCGACAUGAGGACAUCCAUGCAAACUUGUAAAACGCUUUCUGCUGGCAUUAUGUUGAUGUUUUUCUCAGAACCAAAACUGCCUGUUUGACCCAUUACAGUGAGUAAAAAUACACACACAAAAAAAUCUGAAUUUUAAGGAGGAAUACUGCUUCUCAAAGCCAGAAUAAGAAAUGAGAACAAAGUUGUGCUCAGGUGCGCCUUAAGGAUCAUUGACGCGAAGAAGAAGAGUAUGUUUAGCUCAGUGACUUCUCAUUAGUAUCACUGGCCACCUCCUUGUAUGUUUGUUUAUUAGAGUUGCUUGGAUAAUGACAAAUCAAAAUGGUGCCAACAGCUGCAGAUGAUGGAUUAAGAAAUUAGAAAAGUUGAUCCUGGCUGAAUGAAACAUACUGACUUGAAUUUUGACACCACUCAGCUUUAAAUGAAUGUUUUUGACAAAUAAAAAGUUAAAGGAACAUUUUUAUAACUUUAGAUUAAUACAUUGGUAUAUGGGUGAUGGGGACUUUGAUAUUUCUGAAUAUUCAGUAAGUGAUGAUUGAUAUCAUUUUAAUUAUGUGAUUAAUAGAUUAUAUCUGUAUGUAUGUCUAGCAGUGUAUUAAAAUGUAUAUAAGCCAAGCUGUUCAACUCCACAGAGCACAAAUAUGUAUUUACUUUGUCAACUUUAAAUAAAUUGUUAUUCUGCCAGGAAACAA